AUGAAGUGGCCGCCAAAGAUGAAGUCCGACCCGAGCAUUAGAAAAUUUGAUGCCCUCUGCAAAUUCCAUCAGGAACGCAGACAUAAGACAAAUGAUUGCAUCACCCUAAGGAAAGAGGUUGUGAAUAUGUUGCAGCAAAAACACCUCAAAGAGUUGUUGAGCAACAAGGGGAGGAACAACUUCACUAGAGGUCAUGAAUGCCAAGGCACGUCGAAGCCGCCGUCACCGGCUCGUACCAUCAACAUGAUUAUCGGUGGCAGCGAUGAUGCCUCCAUCAACGACGUUAAGUUAACUGCCACUCACAAGUUCAAAAGAUCUAUCACCCAUGAAUGGUAUGACGGACUCGAAGAAAAUAUCGUCUUCGACGAGUCAGAUGCUGGCGGUUUGACUUUACCUCACAAUGACGCUCUUGUCAUUACUUUACGAAUUUUAGAUACCAAUGUCAAAUGUAUCAUGGUAGAUGAUGGGAGUGGAGCAUGCAUUAUCCAUCCUCGAGUCCACUCCCAGAUGAGACCGAGGACAAGGUAG